AUGGAGCUGGGGAAGGCGAAGCUCCUGAGAACUGGCCUGAAUGCCCUACAGCAGGCGAUGCACCCGCUGCACGGGCUUGCCUGGACAGAUGGGAAGCAGGUGAUCCUGACUGCCCUGUACCUGCACGACGGAGAGCCGAGGUUUGGGGACUCCAGCGUCGUCGGCCAGUUUGAACACGUCCAUGGACUCUACUGGGGCCCGUGUCCCCCCGAUGCCCCAGCCCUGCUGGCUGUUCAGCACAAAAAGCACAUCACCAUCUGGCAGCUCUGUUUCAGUGUCACCGAGAGAAAUAAGCUGCUGGUGUCUCAGGUCUGCGACGUCAGCGAGCCGUUCCCGGUGCUCCCCCAAGGCUGCGUGUGGCACCCCAAGAAGGAGAUCCUGGCCGUGCUGACCACGCGGGACGCCUCGGUCUUACACUCUGUGCACCUCAACAACUCCAGAAUUAAGGCAGACAUUAAAGGCAGCGGCCUCAUCCACUGUGCUUGCUGGACCAAGGAAGGCGACCGCUUAGUGGUGGGAGUAGGCAGCGCCCUGCAUUCUUAUCUUUGGGAUGAUGCUCAGAAAACACUGAACCCCUGUUCUUUUUGCCCAGUCUUUGAUGUGGGAGGCUACAUCUGUGCUCUGGAAGCUACUCUCAAUUUCCAAGUAGCCGUUGCCACCGAGCUUCCUCUAGACAAGAUCUGUGGCUUAAAUGCUGGUGUGGCAUUUGAAGUUCCAGCGAGCGUUGAAACCGAGUCCUUCCCCUCGCAGUCCAGCUUGUGUGGUGAGGAAGAGUAUUCCAGGGAUGGGGGCAGGAAGUCACUGGACUCUGAGAGGUCCUUGACUGCUGUGACAUCUCCUGUGGAUCUAACUCACAUCCUUUCUAGCAAGCAGGGUGCUGAUUCCAGCCCUCUUCUUCACCUGAGGCCCAAGGACUACCUCACGGGAAGCGGCCAAGACUCUUCACAUCUCAUCCUGGUGACUUUUGAAAGAAAGGUUACCUCUACCAAAAAAGUUAGCAUCCCAGGCAUCCUGGUUCCUGACAUAAUGGCUUUUGACCCCAAAACUCAAACUGUGUUGGUUGCCUCCAAUACCUGCAACAUUAUUUUAGUCUAUUCACUCACUUCAUCGAAUUUGCCCAACGUUCAACAAAUUGAGCUAGAGAAAAAUGAGAAACCAAAGGGUUUGUGCUUCUUGACCAAUAAAUUGUUACUGAUACUGGUUGGAAGACAAAAAUUCACAGACCCUGCCUUUCUUCCCUCUUCAAGGUCGGACAAGUACAUGAUCCGGUUGAUGAUCAAGGAACUGCUGUUUGAAACGGGUCCCUCAGCGCCUGCACCUGUCAGGGGGAGCUCCAGUCUGAGCCUCUCAAGCUCACCUCGUGAUCUGUGUGCAGAUGCUCACCCUCUCAGCCAUGGACUCUUGAUACCAGACCGUGCUGCCCUUCUCUCCCCUAUCAGCAGAAGGAAACUCAUUGAAGAAAUUAAGAGUCCUGUUUAUGAACAGAGCUGCUUGUUAAACAUUGGUGACCUCAAAGAUAAAAAGGUUUCCAUGAAUUUCCCCCCAGCUGUUGAGUCUCUUGAUGCUGAACCAGUUCCUUGGACCGUGGCACCACCUGCCACCUCACUGCCAUGUUCUAACAAGCCAGCAUCGCCAAAGAGGCAGGCAGAUGCAGCUUCCAAAAUACCCAAUUCGUACAAGAAUAACCUGUUAAGUGAAAAGGAGAGAAGUUACUGUUUUAAAAAUGUGGAAAAACUAUCUGGGAACUUCACAGAAUUACAGCAUCAACUCUGUGAAUUAACCGAGCUGUUAAAAUCUGGGAAGAGAAAUCUGAGCGCGUACCCGUCUUCUCAGGAACCUUCUUUUGUUUACAUCACCUGCCAGAAGCAGCUCAGCAGGAGCGACUCGGACGAGAGGCGAGCAGUUGUUCUCUGUGGGGGUAAACUCCGCCUGGCCACGGUCCAGCAGAUCUUCAGCCUCUCUCUGGUGGAAAUGCAGCACG